AGUGUUGUUGUCAUUUAUCUUAGAGGGGAGAAGAAAAGAGCUGCAGUAGAAGACGCAAGUUGUCAAUGCGGAUUGGUGGGACCGUCAUCAGGACCGGCAGGCGCUGCGGCGCCGCAUCGCUGCUGACGACACACCGCGCCCUUCGCACGAGGGUUGGCGUCAGCACCCAUGAGUUACUGCGCGCGGCUGAAAGAGAUGAGCCGGCGACGUCAACUCUCCGACCGCCGCCGUCUGGGAUGGACAUGCAGUACAUCCUGUCCAAGGUGCCAGACGUGUCGCUCUACCGAUCCGAAGACGUGGUGUGGUCUGCCCCGAACUUCCGUACGGCCUGGUCGAACCUUUACAAGCUGCACGCCGAGCUGGUGGAGAGCGACCCGGAGCGGGCUCAGGCGUUGCGCGAGACGGACUGGAACGGCCUUGCCCUGUGCACCUCCUACGCGGAAACAUUGCAUUUAAUGUCGCUGCUGGCGCCGUCGCUUCGUGCAGCCAUCACCCAACACCCGCUGUUCGACUCCGCGCAGGUCGAAGAGUUCUUUGUGCACGUCGGGCAGGACGUCGAAAUCCGCGGGAGUGGCGGGUGGGUGAUUCAGCUUCCGCCGCCCACCGCCGACGAACUGCAGUUUCUCGUCAAGCAAAUUGGUCGCUUCGGCGCGGACGGGCGUGGCUGUGUCGCGCACACCGCCCACCGCGCCUCCGUCUGGCGCGGACGCCACGGCGAGGUGCUAGGCGUGACGUUGCGCGUUGGGCGCUACGUGCCCGGCGUGGCACGCGCGCUGCUCCCCCUGGUUGAAAGGGGCAGCCUCUUGAUUAUCUCCAAAGCUGGGAUGGGCAAGACAACGUUGCUGCGCGACCUGGCGACGGGACUGGCACAGCGUCGCGAGAUGUCGCGGGUAACGGUGGUGGACACGUCGAACGAAAUUGGCGGCGAUGGCCCUAUUCCUUUGCCCUACCUCGGUCGCUGUCGACGCAUCCAGGUGCCGACGCGCGAGGACCAGAGUCGCGUCAUGACCGAAGUGAUUCAGAAUCACACACCCGAGUACCUCAUUGUCGACGAGAUUGCGACGGAGGCGGAGGCGGAGGCGGCGUGGUCCAUCGCGCAGCGCGGCGUGCACUUGAUCGGCACCUGCCAUGGCGAGAACUUAGAAGGUCUCCUGCAGAACCGUGCGUUGAACUUACUCGUGGGUGGGGCGGCGCAGGCGUUUCUGAGCAACGAGGAGCGGCGUCUGCGCAACAAGACAAAGAAGACCGUCCUGGAAAGACCUUUCAACUCUCCUUUUCAGUUUGUUGUCGAACUGCGCACGCGCAACAAGGCGCACCUGUAUGUGGACGUGAACAAGGCGGUCGAUCUGGUGCUGGAUGAUCAGUCGGCGCGCGGCAACGCCUCUGUAGGUGGUCCUGUGAACCUGCGAGAGCCCCUGCCAGCGCGUAUUGAGCGUUUGCUCCAGCUGCAGGACAAACAAAAGCGUCAAGUAGAGAAGGGCGUCGAACUGGACGAGCAGCAGGGUGGCGAAGAAGGGUCUGUGGGUGAUGCGUUUGAGGAGCCUCCGCCACACACGAUGGACGUCGACGGCUACUCCGUCGCGUCGGAAGCGAGGCAAGGGCGUGGUGAUAGCUCAGCAGGACUUUCCUUCUACGAUACGCAGCGUUCCUCACAGGCCCCGAAGAAGACGGUGAAGCACCGGCAACGGAAAAACUCGGACGAAGAGCUCUACAAGGAACUACGGGGAUUCUUCUAA